AAUAAAUUAUGUUCUUAAAACGAGAAGCUCCAUAAAGUGCUAACAAAUUCAACUCAAAUAGGUAACUAUUAUGAUCUAUCCAUUCAGAAAGGACACACGUGUAUAAGUACCUUCUUUUGAGAAUCUUUAAGCAAGAAUUAGAGACUUCUCUUAUUCCCGUCUAUCCAAUGUUGUUGCCACUUAACCAUAAAGAAGUGAACCUACUUAUUCCCCUUAUAAAGCUUAAGGUCUUUAAUAAAAGUAUUUAAUACAUUAAUAAUCAGAAUUACUGAUACUUUAGGACCACGAACUAAAUCAUUCAAUAGUGGACAUAAGUGGAGAGAAUCAUUCCAAUCUCCUUCCAUAUCUUCAUAAUCUCCAUUUAAAUUUGUAUAAUCUCCACCAUAAAUCAAAUACAGUAUAGAAACUGAAUCAUAUACUAAACCAUCUGAUUCUUUUAAAUAUGAUUCUUUUCGUACUUCAUCUGAAUAAUUGAAAAAAAGAUAAGGACGUAGUCUUGCAGAUGUUGUUUAAUUGAAUGAAAUUGUUGCACUCAGAAAUAAAAUUGAAUCAUCCUAUGUUAGCAGAAGUUCAUUGACUUCUACUUAUGUGAGUGAACUAGUUAAGUUAGCUUAAGCAAUAACUACUACAUUAAAAAAUGAAUGA